UUUCAAGGAAUCUAGAGUUAUGAAACAAUAUUCCAGCACGUUACGCAACGUCAAAAGCGCGUUCCUUGUUGACGCUCAGAUCAGAAGCAAAGUCGCGGCAAUGAAGCUCAACUUUAAAAAUAAAAAGCACCACAUCGCUUGUCCAGGGAGCCGGGAAAAAGCACGAAAAUUGAUGAAAAUCUCUAUGCCGCACUUCGCUUCGCCCAAUCCCCUGCACCCUCGCUCAGAAAAAAAAGAAAAAGGCCAGCACGAUCUCCGCAUUCCGCAACUCAGCCGCCAAUCAGCGAGCUCGAGCGAAAUCAAUCUGGCAAAUCGUCAUGUCGGAAGGGCCGAGGCGAGAAAAUUCGUGAUCAGAGCGUCAGCAACGAGCACAAUCAAAUCUCCACAGGAUCCUCACUUUUCUUGCUUUUCUUCCCAUCAAGUGCGGCGGAAGACCUUCCGGCCCGUAUUUGCAUGCCACCAUACUAUAAUCAGGCCAUGCAUCUUGUAUGAUAAGAAGAGGGACGGUUGAAUUGAUAGCGCAGGGCUGAAGGAGUUUUGCAAGGCACGGUGGAUACGAGGCUCAGCAUGGUACGGAAGAAAUCGCUUGCAGUGAAUCUGUGAAGACGGCGAGCGGCUGACAGCUGAAAUGUUGGGGAGAAUUCGUAAGCGCCACAUGCUUGAAUGAGGAAGGAAUGGUGGUGUUUUGAGGGACGUUCUCGCGAUCAAGAUGCAGAGUGAAUGUGCAUUUGACGGUGGUCAGUCCCAUUAGCUGCACACA